AUCCUUUUCUAUAAAUCAAAUAACCUAUAGAGCCUCUUCUUCCUCACAAUUCAGAUUCCAGUUUCUUCAAAACCUAAAAACAAAACCUUCUCUCAAAUCUCGUAAUCAAAGAUGCAGAUCUUCGUUAAGACUCUUACAGGAAAGACAAUCACCCUAGAGGUGGAAAGCUCCGACACCAUCGACAACGUUAAGGCCAAGAUCCAAGACAAGGAAGGCAUUCCUCCGGAUCAGCAGAGGCUUAUCUUCGCCGGAAAGCAACUCGAGGACGGUCGUACGUUGGCCGACUACAACAUCCAGAAGGAGUCAACCCUUCAUCUUGUUCUCAGGCUUCGUGGUGGUAUGCAAAUCUUCGUGAAGACUCUCACCGGAAAGACCAUUACCCUUGAAGUGGAGAGCUCUGACACCAUCGACAACGUCAAGGCUAAGAUCCAGGACAAGGAAGGUAUUCCUCCGGACCAGCAGAGGUUGAUCUUCGCCGGAAAGCAGUUGGAGGAUGGUCGCACCUUGGCCGAUUACAACAUCCAGAAGGAGUCGACCCUUCACUUGGUAUUGCGUCUCCGUGGAGGUAUGCAGAUCUUCGUGAAGACUCUUACCGGGAAGACAAUCACUUUGGAGGUGGAGAGCUCUGACACCAUCGACAACGUGAAAGCUAAGAUCCAGGACAAGGAAGGUAUCCCUCCGGACCAGCAGCGUCUCAUCUUCGCUGGCAAACAGCUUGAGGAUGGUCGCACCUUGGCUGACUACAACAUCCAGAAGGAGUCGACCCUUCACUUGGUGCUAAGGCUUCGUGGUGGUAUGCAGAUCUUCGUCAAGACAUUGACCGGGAAGACCAUCACACUCGAGGUUGAGAGCUCCGACACCAUUGACAAUGUCAAGGCUAAGAUCCAGGACAAGGAAGGUAUUCCUCCAGACCAGCAGCGUCUCAUCUUCGCUGGUAAGCAGCUCGAGGAUGGACGCACAUUGGCUGACUACAACAUCCAGAAGGAGUCUACCCUUCACUUGGUCCUCCGUCUCCGUGGUGGUUUCUAAAAUGUCUCUUGUGGUUUCACAAGAAGUUCCUCUCAAAAACUAAGUGCUUUGUGUUUUGGGGUACUAUAAAGUUAGUUGUUGAACUAUGUUUCCGUUUCUUUUUAUCUUUCAGAUAUCAAAUCGAACUUCUUCUCUAUUGAAAUAUUUCUACUCUUUAUCUUCGUUUC